AUCAAGAGAAUAAGAAGUUUGAAUUUCAAAUGCAGCUCAGUUGAGUUAGGGAAGCGAAACGCUAGUGAACAAGUGACAACAUGGCUGAGGAGUCGGCUGUGAAAGUUUGCAUUCGAGUCCGCCCUAUUAACAGAGAAGAAAGUGAUCCAUCACAACGGACAGAGCCUGAUCAGGUCUUUUGGAAAGCAAAUAAGAAAUUAAUUCAGCAGAUUGAUGAUGGAAACUCGACAAAGAGUUUCAGUUUUGACCGAGUGUUCACUGCCGAAGAGACAACCAAUCAAUUAUACCAGGAUAUUGCAAAGCCGUUGGUUGUUUCAACUGUUGAAGGAUACAAUGGUACCAUAUUUGCUUACGGUCAGACAGCCUCUGGAAAGACAUUCACAAUGAUGGGAAGUAACCAUAUUCCUGGUGUCAUACCACUGGCUAUUGAUGAUGUUUUCCAAACCAUUAAAAAGUGUCCAAAGAAGGAGUUUCUUCUCAGGGUGUCUUACAUGGAAAUAUACAAUGAAACCGUGACUGAUCUACUUGUUGACAGCUGGAAAAGAAAACCGUUGGAAGUCAGAGAGACUACCAAUAAAAAUAUCUAUGUUGCUGACCUGACUGAGGAACUGGUGACUUCUCCUGCACAAGCACUGGGCUGGAUUCGUAAAGGAGAGAAAAACCGUCACUAUGGAAUGACAAAAAUGAACCAGCGCAGCAGCCGUUCACACACCAUUUUUCGAAUGAUCCUAGAGAGUCGUGAAAGAAGUGACCUUGCAUCAGGUGAAAAUGCAGAUGGUGCCAUCAUUGUUUCCCAUUUGAAUUUGGUUGACUUGGCUGGAUCAGAGAGAGCAAGCCAAACAGGGGCUGAAGGUACACGCUUGAAAGAAGGCUGCAAUAUCAAUCGCAGCCUGUUCACACUUGGCCAAGUGAUAAAGAAGCUUAGUGAAGAAAGCCCAAGUGGUUUCAUAAACUACAGAGACAGUAAGUUAACACGCAUUCUUCAGAACUCCCUCGGUGGAAACGCCAAAACAGUCAUCCUCUGCACAAUCACAACUACAUUCCUCGAUGAGACGCUUCGCACUCUGCAGUUUGCAUGCACUGCAAAAAAAAUGAAGAAUGAUCCCCAUGUCACAGAAGUAUCUGAUGACGGUGCGCUGCUCAAAAGAUAUCGCAAUGAAAUUGUAGACCUCAAGAGGCGACUUCAAGAGGUUUCCUUGGUAACGCAAACCACAGCAACAGAGAGAGAGGUGCUCUCUCAGCUUCUCCAAGAAAAAGAACAACUUCAAGGAGAGCAAGCGGACAGAAUAAGAAACCUCACCAAACUGCUGGUCACAAGCACCAACCUGAAUCGUGUACAAAAGGUGCCCAAACGCAGGGUUACAUGGGGAGGAAAAAUGGCUCCCGCAUCUACCAGUGAAGGUGGUCUGUCAGACCUUAGCUUUGCUUGCUCUGUCAGUCAGAAGAGAAAAGCCUCCUGUGUGAUUGAGGCGAUUGAAGAAGAUGAAGAAUUUGACACUCACUGGGAGAUUCCUGAGGAGCCAUUUGAUGACACAAACUCAAGUGAUGACUUUGUUACACUCCGUAGCUUUGGAAACCGGUCAGUCGACAGAGUGGCAGAACUGGAGCUACAACUUCAAACAUUAGACCAGCAAAACCAGCAAGCCUUGGAUCAAAUUCAGACAAUGGAUGAGAAGGCAGCAGAUUUUGACCUCAAGCUCAAAAGUGAAGCUCAACAGAAAGCUGAGGCCAUUGACAAAAUAGAGUUGCUGGAGCUGUCUGUGGCAGAGCUAAAAAAACAACUUGAAGAACAGAGCCAAAAGCAGUGUGAAUUUGAUAAACAGAUGGGAAGAGAUUUUGCAGAGACUGUCCAGCUUUGUGAGAUUCUAGCCACAGAGAAGGAUAUGCUGGCUUCUGAACGAGAUUACCUAAAACAGGAGAUGGGCAUUUUCAUGGAGCAGACCCAAAUAUUGGAGAAAGAGAGAGCUGCUAUUUCACAAGAGCUGGAAGAAAACCGGGAACUGGAGGAAUUCAAAUCUCUUGAGAAAAAGUUUGGAAAAGAGCUUGAGCGUGAGCUGCAAGACGAAAUAUGCUCGUUGAAGAAGGCUCUAGAAUCCCAUGACCUCCAGUGCUCUGAACUUAAGAAAAAUUUAGAGACCGUCUCCGAAGAGCUGAUGAGGAAGACCAAAAUUGCUGAUGAUCUUCAGGAUAUGUUUGGCAAGGACUUGGCUCAAGAAGUGGCAAAGCUUCAUCGCUCUCUCGACGAUGCGGAGGGCCUAGGCAGAGAGACAAAGAAAGAAUGGGCAUUCCUACGAAGUGAAAACAUUGGCCUGAAAGAGUUGAAGAAUACCCUGACUGUCAGCCAUGAGAAGAUGGAAGCUGAGGUCAACAGCCUGCGUUUUCAACUUGAGUCUGAGAAAUCAAAAUUCAGGAAGAUGCAGAUCGACCUCCAGAAAGAGCUCAAUGUUGUGUUUAACGAGAACACCAAGCUAACCACUCUACUCGAUGGCAAAGUCCCCAGAAAUAUGAUGGAUAAUGUGGAACUUGAGAGAACAGUGAUCAACCUGAAAAAAGAGCUAACGGCAUCUCAGGAAGCAGAGGGAGUCCUGAGAUCUCAGCUGGACGAACUGCGGUCAAUUCAGGCUCACCCAAAUGAAGUGAACAACCUGGAGAAGAUUGCUGCUGAAGAGAUGGAGAAACGAGAGUCGGAGGUCACAGCUCUUACAGCAGAGAGAGACCAGAUCCGGAUGGAUCUGCAAGAAAAUAUAGAUAUGAUGAUUGAGAAUCAGGAGGACCUUAGGACUGCUCAUGGGAAAAUAGUUGCUCUGAAACAACGGAUCAAGCAGCUGGAGAGUUCCCAAACAGCUCAUUUAGGAAAGCCUAUUGAUGACAUGACUGCAGAGAUUGAGACACUUCAAACACAAAGAGAGCAACUUCAGGCUACUCUACAAGUGGUCAGUGAGCAGAAAACACAACUCGAAGCAGAGCUGCAGCGGUUCAUUGAUGAGGCUGCAGUGAAUCAAAGCCUUCUCUAUUCCCUCCAAUCUCAGCUUGAAGAUCAAAUUCAGAAAAAUAAUGAUGUUGAAAGAAUGGGUCUAGAGAAGCAAGCUCAGCUGGAACAUCAAGUUGAAGAGUCUCAACUUCUUCUACAUUCCCUUCAAGAUGAUUUAGAAGAUAUGAAGCAGAAGAACUGUAAUCUUGUCCAACUCAAUGAGGAGGAGUUUAAUUUAAAGCAAAGUAUAAAGAUUUUGAGUGUAGAGCUUGAAACUGUGAAAGCAGAGAGGGAUGGCUUAUGUGUCAACAAAGAAGGUGGUCAUCAGACUUCCAUGGAAGAGACUCAGACGUUGAUCUGCAGACUGACAUUGAUAAGUGAAGAGAGGGAUCAGCUCCUUGAGACAGUGGAGGGACUGAGAGAGGAGAAGAUCCAGCUCAGAACAGAAGUGGAGGAAACAAUGAAGAGUCAGAGCCAACCAGAGCUCAGGCUGGCUCAAGACAAGAUAGUAGUUCUACAGGAAGAGGUUGACCUGUUGAGGAAUGGAAACCAAGAUGCUGGCAAAUUUCAAGAACUUCAAAAUCAGAUUCAGAGGCUGUCUGAGGAGCUUGAGUUUGUCGUAACAGAGCGAGACCAUGUCCAAUCUGAGAUGGAGAAACUGAUGUGCCAAGUGACAUGUCUCAGUGAAGAGCGAAAUCAACUGCAGGACCAACUUGAGGUACUGGGACAGGAGACGAGCCAGCUCAGCGCAGAACUGGAGGCCAUUACAGGAACAUAUCAACUUGAGACAGAAGCUUUAACAGAGAAAUGUGUGUGUGUUGAAGCUGAUAAAAUUGUCCUACUUGCUGAGAAGAGCUCCACUGACGAAUUGGAGAAGCUAACUUGCAGAGUGCUGUCUCUCAGUGAGGAGCGAGCUAUGUUGCAAAAGACACUGGAGAUUCUCAGCCAGGAGAAAAAUGAGCUCGCAGCGAAGCUGGAGGAUGUGGCAGGAACAUAUAAAGCAGAGAAAAUGCAUUUACUUGAGAAGUUAGCACUAGCUGAAGCUGACAAAGAUGCUCUACUGGCUGAGAAGGAAAGUGGACGCCAGAGCUCGGCUGAGGAAUUGGAGGAGCUGACUUGCAAAGUGAAUUCUCUUAGUGAGGAACGAGCUCAAUUGCAGGAGACACUGGAGAUAUUCAAUCAGGAGAAAAAUGAGCUUGCAGUGAAGCUGGAGGAUGUGACAGGAACUUAUCAAGCAGAGAAAAUGCAUUUACUGGAGAAAUUUGAAUUAGCUGAAGCCGAGAAAGAUGUUCUACUGGCUGAGAAGGAAAGUAGGUGUCUGAGCUCUGCUGAGGAAUUGGAGAAGCUGACUUUCAAAGGGACUUCUCCCUUUGGGGAACGAGGUCAAUUGCAGGAGACAUUGGAGAUACUCAAUCAGGAGAAAAAUGAGCUCGCAACGAAGCUGGAGGAUGUGACAGGAACAUAUGAAGCAGAGAAAAUGCAUUUACUUGAGAAAUUAGCACUAGCUAAAGCUGAGAGAGAUGCUCUACUGGCUGAGAAGGAAAGUGGACGACAGAGCUCUGCUGAGGAAUUGGAGGAGCUGACUUGCAAAGUGAAUUCUCUCAGUGGGGAACGAGCUCAAUUGCAGGAGACACUGGAGAUACUCAAUCAGGAGAAAAAUGAGCUCGCAACGAAGCUGGAGGAUGUGACAGGAACAUAUGAAGCAGAGAAAAUGCAUUUACUUGAGAAAUUAGCACUAGCUAAAGCUGAGAGAGAUGCUCUACUGGCUGAGAAGGAAAGUGGACGACAGAGCUCUGCUGAGGAAUUGGAGGAGCUGACUUGCAAAGUGAAUUCUCUCAGUGGGGAACGAGCUCAAUUGCAGGAGACACUGGAGAUACUCAAUCAGGAGAAAAAUGAGCUUGCAGCGAAGCUCGAGGAUGUGACAGGAACUUAUCAAGCAGAGAAAAUGCAUUUACUAGAGAAAUUUGAAUUAGUUGAAGCCGAGAAAGAUGUUCUACUGGCUGAGAAGGAAAGUAGAUGUUUGAGCUCUGCUGAGGAAUUGGAGGAGCUGACUUUCAAAGGGAAUUCUCCCUUUGGGGAACGAGCUCAAUUGCAGGAGACAUUGAAGAUACUCAAUCAGGAGAAAAAUGAGCUUGCAGCAAAGCUGGAGGAUGUGACAGGAACAUAUGAAGCAGAGAAAAUGCAUUUACUUGAGAAAUUAGCACUAGCUGAAGCUGACAAAGAUGCUCUACUGGCUGAGAAGGAAAGUGGACGCCAGAGCUCUGCUGAGGAAUUGGAGGAGCUAACUUGCAAAGUGAAUUCUCUCAGUGAGGAACGAGCUCAAUUGCAGGAGACACUGCAGAUACUCAAUCAGGAGAAAAAUGAGCUUGCAGCGAAGCUGGAGGAUGUGACAGGAACUUAUCAAGCAGAGAAAAUGCAUUUACUGGAGAAAUUUGAAUUAGCUGAAGCUGAGAAAGAUGUUCUACUGGCUGAGAAGGAAAGUAGAUGUCUGAGCUCAGCUGAGGAAUUGGAGGAGCUGACUUGCAAAGUGUAUUCUCUCAGUGGGGAACGAGCUCAAUUGCAGGAGACAUUGGAGAUACUCAAUCAGGAGAAAAAUGAGCUUGCAGCGAAGCUGGAGGAUGUGACAGGAACUUAUCAAGCAGAGAAAAUGCAUUUACUUGAGAAAUUGGCACUAGCUGAAGCUGCGAAGGAAAAUAGAUGUCAGAACUCCGCUGAGGAAUUGCAGAAGCUGACUUGCAGUUUAAUGUCCCUCAGUGGGGAACGAGCUCAGUUGCAGGAGAUACUGGAAGAACUGGAACAUGACAAUAAACAGAUCAGAACAGAGUUGCAGGACAAGAUGAGCAUGAUCUCUGCAAUGCAAGAAAAGUUGAUCAAGCAGAAUAAUCUCAAUUUGCUGCAGGAGGCGGAGAAAAGAAAACUGGAGACCAGCCUUCAACAAGAGGUACAGCAGCUGGAGGAGCAGCUAAAAAUUUUAAAGGAAAAGCAAUUUGAGGUUCAAGCUGAGUCAAACGCGUCACAGCAGUUGCUCACUGAAGCAAAGGCAACCAUCUCUGAACUCAAUGAGAAGCUUAGAAGUUGUGACCAGAACAUGACCGAUUCCAAGGUGACAGCAUCAUCGAGGUUGCAUGAGUCAACUCUGCGACUUGAGGAGUUAUUUGGAAGAUUCCAGCAAUUUAUAGACUCAUGCAUCGAAGCUCACCACGCAGUCAAAGAGGAUAGCCUCAGGAUUGAAUAUUUCCUGAAUGACGAUGACGCCUUUCCUCAAGCCACAAAUGACGCCCACAAGAUGGUCUGCGGCCUGGGACACAAGAAUUUCACGACUCUCUUUAAUAUAAUUGAUGCCCUUCUGAAAAAGGCUAAGCUAUACAGGAUAGAUUUCCGGCAGUUAGUUGAAUACGACGUGUCCAGCUUUGAGGAGUGGCGCUUGCAGGAUGUGUUGCAAUGCAGAUCACAGGCACCCAGCUUUACUCUGAAAGACCUGGACUGUUGCUCAGGCCAGGGACACAGACUGAGUGAACUGGUCCAAAAAAGACAGUUCUACAUGCAGAAAAUGAACAGCAUUUUGGAGAACCUCUGGGAAGGCUUGGAUUCUUACCGCAAUGAACAUUCAGCAGAGGUCCAAGAAAGGGCCAGGUUCUUCAAGCAGGUGCAGGAUGAGUACAACAGGGGGCCAGUCGUCGUGAGUAGGCUCGACCGCCUCUUUCGCGUUGAGGGUGAUGGCAGAUCUGCAGUGUCACAACGCAGAACAAUGAUUUGUAAGAGCAUCCUUGAUGAAUGGAAAGUUCAGGAUCAGGAAUUGCAGCAGCUGAGUGCGCAGGCUCAACGCCAGUGGCGAGAAGAAAAAAACAAGCGCGUUACUCUGCAACAGAUACUGGAGGAACCUCCAGCAAGGUCAGAGCAGUCUUUGCUCGGCAACAACCAGCAACCUGGUCUACUCUCUCAAUCUGAGGAGAAAGUAAAAGCUAAGCAGCAAGAAGAGGACGAGCUGAAAGCCAACAGUUGCGUCUCUGACCACAUGAUGGUCCUUCAGCGACUGAAGACAGAACUGCUGUCGAGCCAGGCACAAGUUGAAGAGCUCAAUAACACUAUCAAAACUCUCAAUAAUCAGUUGCAAGAGUCUGAGAAACGUGCAUCACCUUGUUCUGCUGAGCUGCAGAAAGUCCAAACCCAACUGUUCAAGAUGCAAUUGGAGUUGAACGCUGCUUCUGAUAAGCAUCAACACGAGAUCCAGAAGAUGACCGUUGUUCUCAAUAUGAAGGAAGAGUCAGUGAGGAAGCUGAAGGAGAAACUAAGGACAUUGCAGCAGCAAGGGGAGGAGUCAUUCCUACAGGGUGAAGAGCUUCAUGACCGACUGCUAAAUCCUCGAAGUGUGGUGAGCAGGCAUGUUCUUCGUGAUAGCAAACUGGAGGAGGAAGUCAAACGGCUUCAAAUUCAAAUCGGUCAUCUUGAGAAUGUGAUUUCCAGUCAGCAGGCUGACCUUGCUAAAUGGAAGAACAGAGCGGUCAAGCUGAAGUCCAAAGCCAAAAGGGAUGUUCAGCCUUCCCCACCCCAUACGCCCACCAAACAGGGACUUUGUGCUUACCCCGACCCCUUGCUUCAGUCACCAAAGAAGUUCUUAGUUGGGCCCCAGAAGGUGCUCGAACCCCCCAUUACGCUGCUGGAUUCACCAAAAAUCCCACUGCUCGACUCUCCAAAAAGCAAAUUUUUCGACAUUGCUUCAAAUGCAGACCUACUCGCCAGAACCUAUCCCAGGCAGUUCUUCGAUAACUCCAGUCUUGGAACCACUGCAGAUGCCAACCCGGAUGAAAGCUGCUCUCAGCCUCCAAGGCCAGAUUGUAUAACGCAGUAAACUGGUGUGUUUACUUCAUGUUGCUGUUUUCAACUGUUGUUUUUUAAUCGGUGUUUUUUAAAAUUCAAUUAAAACACUUUUAUUAU